CUUGCAAUUUCUUCUUUCAUCUCUUUGCUCAUUUUUCUCUCUCCCUUCCGCCGGAAAAUAUUUUCCGACUGAUCUCCGGCAAAACUCCGGCGAAAAUUUGUCUCCGUUUUUAUGUUCUUCUCGAAGUUCGUGCAGGAAAAUCCGAUUUAUCCUUUAAAUUCUCACCGGGAAAUCCCAAUCAUAUUAAUAUUUUAGGACGAAUACUCUCCGGCGGCUCUCCGGUUAAGUUUUUUUUUUUUUUCAUUUUUUGGGUGUUUUCUCGAAAUUCGUGCAGGAUAAUUCACUUCUUUAAAUUUUCGACUUUCCCCUAAGGUUUUAAUUGAUUUUGUGCUUUUCUGCAAUCUGUUUGUAUCUAAUUUGGAAGUUUCUCGAAGUUCCAGCUGAAAAUCCAUUUUCCCCUUUCAAAUUCUCGCCGGAAAUCCAAACUCCGUUAAUAUUUUCCGGCGAAAACUCUCCGUUCAGUUUUUUUGCCAUUAAUUUGUGCUUUUUUCUCAUCUGUUUGUAUAGAAUUUGGAGUUUUCUCAAAGUUUCUGCUGAAAAUCCGCUUUCUCCUUCAAUUUCUCGCCGGAAAAUCCAAACCGAUUCAAUAUUUUCCGACGAAUCUCCGUUUAAGUUCCCUUUUUUGUGUUUUAAUUCCAUCUGUUUAUUUAAUUUGGAGUUUUCUCGAAGAUUCAGCUGAAAAAUCCAUUUUCCCCUUUAUAUUCUCGCCGGGAAAAUCUAAAUUUCCCUGCAAAAAAUCUGUUGACUCUCCAGCAAAAAUUCUUUUGUGUUUUUGUUUUUCUAAUUUGAAUUCUAUUCGAAAUUCCGGCUGAAAACUUUCCCCUUUAUAAUCUCGCCGGAAAAUCCAAAUCCGUCAAAUUUUCCGGCAACAUAUCUCCAUUUUCUCCAAUAUUUUGGUGUUCUCGUGUUUAAUAAGCAUAAGCCUCCCACCUAUUUAUAUAUAAUUUUAAUUUUUCUCGUAUUUCCAGCUGAAAAGAAUCCAAUUCAUUUUUAAAUUCUCGCCAAAAACUCAAAACUCAGUUAGUAUUUCCCAGCAAAAACUUCAAUUCUAGCUUGUCUUAGCAGGCGAAAAAUUGCUUUUUCUCAAAUUCCUUUUUGGUUUUUGGGAACUUUUGCGCUUCUUCUUCAAUGGCGGAUUCGGACAACGAAUCAGGAGGACAAAACGCGGGGAACAGUGAAGGAUCAACAAGGGAGCAAGACAGAUUCUUACCAAUAGCGAACGUGAGUCGAAUAAUGAAGAAAGCGUUGCCAGCAAAUGCGAAGAUAUCAAAGGAUGCAAAGGAGACAGUGCAAGAAUGUGUAUCGGAAUUCAUCAGUUUCAUUACCGGAGAAGCAUCAGAUAAGUGUCAGAGAGAGAAAAGGAAGACGAUUAAUGGUGAUGAUUUGCUUUGGGCAAUGACAACUUUGGGAUUUGAAGAGUAUGUUGAGCCUUUGAAGAUUUAUUUGGCUAAGUAUAGGGAAAUGGAAGGGGAGAAGACUACUAUGGGGAGAAGUGGGGAGAAAGAUGGGAGUGGGGGUGGUGGUGAUGGUGGGGUUAGUGGGGGUGGUGGGUACAAUGGUGGUGGUGGUGGUACUGGCGGUAUGUAUGGUGGUAUGGGUGGUUCUAUGAUGUAUCAUACUCAAGGUGGUCAUCAAAUGUAUGGUAGUAGUCAUGGGUCAUAUCAUCAUAUGGGUAUGGGUGGUGGAGGUGGUGGUGGUGGUGGAGGAGGUGGUUCCGGUCAAGGUCGGAGAUAGAAUAUAUAAACUUCAAAUCCUGAUUCGCUUCUAUGUUGAGCGAUAUGAUAGGCCUAGGGAGGUGGUAGAAGAAUAUUAAAAUUUUAAAUUCCAAGUUCGUUUCUGGGUUGAUGAUAUGAUAGGCCUAGGAAAGGAAGGUGGUAGAAGAGUAUGAAAACUUUAAAUUCUGAAUUCGUGAAAGUUAAAAAGUUCUGAAUUUGCCUGUGAUUCUGUGAUGGGUCAUAGGUAGGUGCAAGAAGUAUAUGGAAAGUUUAAAGUCCGACUCCGCCUCUAUUUGGUGGAAGAAGAGUAUGUAACUUGGGGAACUAAUCAUAUUGAUAAGUGGCUGCGGCGGUGGAGGAGGAAGUUGGUGGUGGUGGAGGUGGAGGUGGAGGUGUUGGUGGCAGGCCAAAAAUGAAAAAUUAAUCAAAAUUAAUCAUAUGAUUAUCAUUGUGUUGAUAGCUAGCUACCUACUUCUGUUACUUUAUUUUAGUUUUUUUUUUCUUUUAAUUAUUAUUUUAUAUUUCUGAAGCACAUUGACAUGUGGAGUAUUAGAUAAUGCUUUAGCUUUUUUCUUACUACUUUUUUUUUUCUUUUGGAGUUGGGGGAAGUAUCAGUGGGUUACAUGUGUAGCACUUUUAUGGAGAAAGGCAUAUUGUUAGAUGAUUUUUAAUGGAGAGGGGGAUAAAGUAAUGGUACCAGAUACAUGAUAUAUAACCUUCAAUGAAAGGCACUUGAAAUAUAUAUGUAUUAAAUGGGACAAUGGAGGAGAUUGUAUUUUAUGUUUUCCUUUUAACCAGUAAUAAUGCCUUUUAUCUUUCA